AACGUCGACGAUCGUACCUGCUCUCUAUCAUCUGCUAUCUUAUGUCUGCAUGCACGCUCAGUCUGAAGCGUACGAAACUACACCCGCAUAAAAGCUCGUGUCGGUCAAUAUCCACGCUACCUCGACCAUACCGCUUUCACAUAGGCACGAGCUGGGCUGGGAAGCCCCGGGAUCCGCGAGUCAAACGCGUAAAAUCAUCCUUUCCGCCCGAUAGCAGCAUACUCAAAUGGAAGGAAGAGGAGCUACGUCGUCUGCACAAAGCUACCUGGAGCAAGGACCCGGGGGAGGAUUUUUUCUAUGUCCAAGAGGUAUCGUCCACCAAACUCUGAUCCCGUUCCGGCUCCCCUCUCACCUUGC